UAAAAAUGCAUUAUGUUACCUGUAUGAAGAAGCUACACAAAAUACUUUGCUGCAAUGUCGCAAUUCUGUGUUGACAGAGUUGCAGAAACUGGUUGAAGCAAAGGCCGAUGUGAAGAGGAGGGUUGACAUUGCUGAACAACGUCCACAAAUGAAACGGCUGAGCCAAGUGCAAGGGUGGCCUUCAAGGGUGGAAGCUGAGGAAACUGAAGUUGGUGAAUUGCUACGUGACAGCUCUCAAGAAAUUGAGAAAUUAUGUCUGGGAGGCUACUGUUCCAAGAACUUCAAGUCAAGCUACGAGUUUGGAAAGAAAGUGGCCAAUAAGUUGCAAGAUGUGGUUAAGUUGAAGGAUGAGGGGAGGGAUUUCGAAGUGGUAGCUGGGAAAGUACCAGAGCCUCCUACGGACUUGAUACCUAUGCAGCAAACAAUAGUGGGGUUGCAAUCAAUAUUUGAUAAAGUUUGGAAAUGCCUCGUCGAAGAAGAAGUGGGAAUCAUUGGCAUAUACGGCACCGGGGGAGUUGGCAAAACAACCUUACUAAAACAAAUCAACAAUAAGUUCUGCAAUAAGCUUCAAGGUUUUGAUGUUGUGAUUUGGGUGGUGGUAUCUAAAGUUCCGAAUUUUGAAAAGAUUCAAGAAGACAUUGGGAAAAAGAUAGGUUUAAAUGAUGAAUCUUGGAAGAAAAGAAGUCUUCAAGAGAAAGCUGGGGAUAUCUUCAAGAUAUUGAGUAGCAAGAAGUUUGUUUUAUUGUUGGAUGAUAUAUGGAAGUGGAUUGAUUUAACUGAAGUGGGUGUCCCUAUUCCAAACUCAAAACCUGUAUCGAAAGUAGUGUUUACAACUCGAUUUUUUGAAGUUUGUGGCUCGAUGAAUACCAACAAGGAUUUCAAAGUGGAGUAUUUGACGGAUGAGGAAGCUUGGAAAUUGUUUGAGAAGAAUCUAAAAAGUGAAGUUUUGGAGCAUCCUGAUAUUCCUCAAUUAGCAAAAGUUGUAGCAAAAGAGUGUGGUGGACUACCCCUUGCGCUAGUAACUGUUAGUCGAGCCAUGUCAUGCAAGAAGACACCUCAAGAAUGGAGGUAUGCAGCUAAUUUGUUAAGGAACUCAGCAUCUGAAUUUGCAGGUAUGGGGACAGAAGUGUAUCCUGUUUUAAAGUUCAGUUAUGAUAGUUUGCCUAGUGACAAAAUUAGAUCUUGUCUUGUAUAUUGUAGUUUAUAUCCAGAAGAUUUUCUGAUUAAUAAACAGCAAUUGAUAGAGUGUUGGAUAGGAGAUGGUUUUUUGGAUGACUCUAGUAGAGGUGACGUAUAUGACCAAGGAUAUUAUAUUAUUGGUAUCCUUGUUCAUGCAUGUUUAUUGGAAGAAGAAAAAGAUAUUGAAGAUCCAAGAGGAGAUUAUGUUGUAAAAUUGCAUGAUGUGAUACGUGACAUGGUUUUAUGGAUAGUUAAUGAUAUUGAGGCACUGCAAAAUGCUGUCGUGAUAGUUAAUUACGAUGUUUCUUUACAUGACCUGAUUUAUUUCACUUGUUUCAUAGUGUAA